AUGUCGGAGCUCAAGGUGCACUCGACGCGUCACACGUACUUGGCCUUUAUCGGCUUUGGCCUCGGGUCCUGGGUCAUCUCCGACUUUGUCUUUGCCGAGUUUGCCGCACUCAUGCAGAAAACGCCCGAAGGCUACUCGAUCGGUGCCUAUGUGAUUGUGGCGCUGCAAUCCGCCAAUAUCUUCCCGCUGCUCUACAUGCUCUUCAACAGCCGCCAGCAGUUGAUUUCGAUUCCGACCAUGAUUUGGGGCCUUCUUGUCCUCGGCAUGGUGGCUUGCAUACUGCUGUCUAUCUUCUGGGACACCAAGACGGUCAUUGGCGGUCAUUUGCACAGUACUGCUCUCUUUGCCCUCAUUUUCUGCGGCGGCGCCGUGAGUGCCACAUCGACGGUGGUCUUUUACCCGUUUGCGGCCACGUAUCCCGUCAUGUUUACGAGCGCCCUCGCAACCGGCGAAAGCCUCGGUGCUGUGAUUGCGGGCGUCUUGGCCAUCAUCCAGGAUGUUGGGAGUGACCCAAUGACGUUUUCUGUCGGUGUCGCCUUUCUUUGUGGCGCUUUUAUUUUCCUCAUUUCAUUUGCUUGCUUUGCGUACCUUCGGCGCCAGACAACGUCGGUCGAGAUCUUUGCCGAUCAGGAACUGCUGCUCCAGCAACCGCACAUGGCCCACUCGACCGUUCUCAAGGCGAUCUGGCGCACGCUUCUGUGCCAAUGGUUGCUGGCCAUCUUUAGCUUUGCGGUGAUUCCGUCCGUGCUGCCGAUCCUCGGCGGCAAGUACAAGCACUCGCCGGUGGUGAUGAAGUGGACGUCGGUCUUGGGCAUGCUCUGUGAUCCAACCGCACGCUUCAUUGCGGGUUUUUACCGCAUCAAAAAAGUCGAAGUGUUUACGGCCGCCGCCCUCUUCUUUGCGCUCUGGCUCACGGUUUGGGCAUCGUACAAGGCGCCGCUGUGGUGCGACGCGCCGGCCGGCGGUGUCAUGGUUGUGAUUGCCAACUGCUUGUACACGUCGCUCUCGGCGUUUACUCAAACGAGUUUGUACCAAGUGCUCAAAGAUGUGGACGUGAACCACAAGCUCGCGUACCAGUGGUCUGGCUUUACAACACAAAUGGGCGCGCUCCUCGGGACGGCGGUCAUUUUCUGCCUCGUGACGCUCACCAACGCUUUCCCCUCAGCGUACUAGAAUCGAC